CCGAAGCCAGCGCCAUCCCACGAUGCCACGGUUCACCAUCUCGCGUGCGGCGUGUUCUCGUCCUUCUGGGCGCUUCGGUUUGUUGGGGGGAACCCAGCAACUCGUUCACUUUUCUAGUCAUGGUCUCCUUGGCUGCAGCUGUCGGAGUGGAUCGGCAGUCAUUUAUCUGAUCAGAUCAUCAGAUAAAGAGGCACGAGAUCUCUGAUCUUUGUCUCGAACUGGCUUACUCCCUUCUCGUCUUGUUUCAUCAAGCCCAAAAGAUCUUAUCAGAUCCGAAUCGUCCGACUUCAGCCGCCCGCGAAAACAGUGGACUUCCUCCUUCCAUCUACCUAACCAGCCGUUUCUCAUCCAAAACGCCCCGAAACACCGCCAAAAUGGUCGUCGCCGUCCUCCCCGCCCUCAUCCCUGACAUCCGUCGCGUGUACGAGUCCUACUUCGCCGCCUUCAAGGGCGAGCGCAUGGGCGAGAUCAUGCUCAAGAUCCUCUUCCCCGGCGUCGACACCACCGCGGCCGAAUUCCGCGAGGCCCACGCCAAGGGCACCCUCGAGUACUGGCACACCUCGGACUCGCAGUACACCUUCAAGGCGGUCGACAUGGCCGACGGCGAGAUCCUGGGCAUGGGCCUGGUCGACAUCUUUGUCCGUGAGCGGUCCGAGGAGGAGCGCAAGAACCACGGCGUCCCCUGGCUCGAGGGCGAGCAGAGGGAGAGGGCCGAGAAAGUGCUCAACCCUUUGCACGACAUGAGGGAGCAGUUGUUUGGUGGCAAGCCUUAUAUCUAUGCCCACGUCAUUGGCGUUGACCCCAGGUGCCAGGGCCGCAAGGGUGGUAUGGCCCUCGCCAAGUUCGGUCUCGACCUCUCCGAGCGCUGCCAGCUUCCCAUCUACUUCGAGUCUUCCCCUUCGUCCAUUGGCCUCUACGAGAAGGCCGGUUACGAGAUCCUCAAGGAGACCAUUGUCCACAAGGCCGAGACCCUCGGCGUCGAGGAGGAUAUCGUUGUUCCCUUGGUCGUCCGCAUGCCCUCGUCGGCGAACGGCAUGAGCUUUUAUGAGUGGAAGGAGAAGGGAUACCCCAACUUUAACGCCCCCUCCAGCAAGACCAAGCUGUAA